AUGGAGGUGGGGCAACCAUGCUUAACCUUCAGGAACAUUGCGAACUGCGAUCCAGGCAUGGAUUGUGCGAGUUGCAUUGCAAACGGAAAUACAUUGCCACGAUGUACCAGAAACAAACCUAUUAGUCCCCCUUCGGUGGUGAAGGGGCUUCCAUUUAAUCGCUACUCGUGGCUGAUGGCACACAAUGCAUAUGCUAGGUUCGGAGUGAAAUCCGGAACCGGCAAUAUAAUAUUGACUACCACAAAUCAAGAGGACUCCAUUACUGACCAGCUCAAUAAUGGUGUUAGAGGGAUAAUGCUGGAUAUGUAUGAAUUCAACAACACCAUCUGGUUAUGUCACGGACAGUGCAACAGCUUUACAGCUUUUCAACCCGCCAUUAAUGUUUUGAAAGAGAUUCAAAUAUAUCUUCAAGCAAACCCAUGGGAGAUAAUCACCGUUAUCAUUGAAGACCAUGUUUCAACAAGAAAUGGCGUGAGAAGGUUGUUUGAUGCUGCUGGGUUAAGGAAAUUUUGGUUCCCAUUGUCUCGAAUGCCAAAAAGUGGUGGAAAUUGGCCAACAGUUGAUUUUAUGGUCGGGACAAAUCAGCGGUUGGUGGUUUUCACUUCAAACUCUUCAAAGGAGGCAUCUGAAGGCAUUGCCUAUCAGUGGAAUUAUAUGGUAGAAACCCAAUCUGGUGAUGGUGGAAUGAAUGCUAGUUUAUGCACAAACCGUGGAGAAUCAUCUCCAUUGAACACAACAACAAGAUCUUUACUACUCAUGAACUAUUUUCCAAGUAUAGCCAACAUUUUUACAGCUUGUGGGUAUAAUUCUGCUCCAUUACUCACUAUGCUAAGCACCUGUUCUCAAGCGGCUGCUGAUCGAUGGCCUAACUUCAUUGCUGUUGACUUUUACAAGAUGAGUGAUGGCGAUGGAGCCCCUGGAGUGGUGGAUGUGGCAAAUGGUCAUUUAGUUUGCGGGUGCGGAAAUAUUUCCUUUUGUAAGGAAAACAUGAGUUUUGGAGCAUGUGGGUCUCCAUAG